CCAUUUUCCCGCGAACUUCGAAGUGUAUCUGCCUGGAUAUUUCGUUGAGGCAUUCAACAUGAGUAAACGCAAAGUGGAUGAAGCUGAGACUACAUGUGGCACAUGGCUAACUACAAGGAAUAAGAAACAGGAUUUGAAGGAGUUUGAAUCAAAUAUGCAACGGUUGUCGCAGCGACGGUUCAAGCUCCUAAGACUUUCUAAACGACCAGUUGGCAUGGUGACAGCUGUUAAGCAGAGUAAACUCUCAGAUUUUUUCCCAAAUUUUAAUUCCGGAAAGGAAAACAGCUGCACCCAUCACUAUCACAAUACAACUGAGAAACCCCAGCAGAUCAAAGGUCAAACUGCCACAAUUGAUGGAAUGUGGACAAAUGUUAAGUUUGAAGAAGCAUCAUCACAAAAGCAUAUACCACUAUCAGCUGUUAACUAUCCAUCAUCACCAGUCAAUAGAGGGUGCUAUCAUGUUUCAGCAGAUGAUGCAAGCACACUUCAAUGCAAGACAGACAGAUAUGACUUGAAUAUUAUGAACCAGCAUAGUGUAUUGAACUAUGACAAGUGCAGUAGUAACAGAACCAUAGAGGCCAGUCGUGCAAGAGUUACAAAGCACAGUAAGAUUCAAACCAACGAGGGAAGCAGUCAUGUUAUUGAUAACAAAAGCUCUCGCCAGGCUUCAAAUGAUAGUAUUGACAUAUUUGAAUUAAGUUCAUAUAAUUCAAGAGAUGAAACUAAUGCCUCUUAUAUAAUAAGUGAUAAUUUUCAUAGAAAUUCAUCAAAUCAGAAAAUUCAUGAAAUUGACAAUUCUGAGAAUUUUGACAUACACUCAGUGCAAACACCAGAGAAUGAGAAUGUUCUUAUGAAGUCGAAUGUGGAUGUAGUGACUGCACUGAUUCUUCAGAAUACGAGACAUCAAUCUAUUCUUGAACGAGGUUUUAAGAAUGUUUCAACAGAAAAUGAGAAAAGCUCGGAGAUUCUACCUAAUGGUUCACAAUCACAGACUUGGUCAGAAAAUUUUGGCAUGAUCCACCAAAGUGAGCCCUCUAGUGAAACAUUGCUCAGUGAAGAUUAUUCUUUUAGAAGUCUCAGGUUUACUCUUGACUCUGAAGAACAAAUCUUGAAGCUGCAGGAAUCCUGUAUUGAUUCUGAGAACCUGAAAGACAAAUUGCAUGAGUUCGACAGUGAGGAACCCAUCUUAAAGUUGCCAGAAUCUUGUCUUGAAUCUGAGGACUUAAAAUUACAAGAGACUUGUGUUGAAACAGAGAGACCCAACAUAAAAUUGCAAGAAUCUCUUCUUGACUCUGAAGAACUGAUGUCAAAUUUGCAAGACUCUGGUUGGAAUAAUAAUCAUAUACUCCAGAAGAAACACACUAGUAGACAAAAGAAAGAUAAACCACAUUUUGGAGAUUUUUAUCAACUUGAUUUUACUCAAGAAAAAGGUGAAUAUGGUAAUAUGAAUAAAAAAAGUCCUAAUUCUCAACACAACACCACCAUUGAUUCAUUGAACGAAAUUGACCAUAACUUUAGUCUUUUAAACUCACUCGAACUGGUUGAAGAUUCACAAGGUUGUUUACAAGUUAAAGGAAGUUAAUGCAUAGAGUAAGUGUAUUCUACAUGUCAGCAUUGUGGAGUCUCGCAAGUUCAUAAGGAAAUUUCAAGCGAGAUCACAUUAAUCCUGGUUACUUGAAGACACUAUAUAUUGUGGUUUGUUUAACCUGUGAUUGUGAUGAAUUCAGUGAUUUGUUUCAGCAGAGGGGUGUCAGUGAUUGGACUUAAACCUUGACUCGAACCAAACAAAAUAUUUCAUUUUCAUUAUUGGCACAUUCAUUCAUUCGAAAAUGAAAUUAUCAGAUUCUCUGUUGGGCAUCCUGCUUCUCAUAAAUGAAUAUCCUAGGAAGAUAUGCCUUUUGAUUGUUCUGAAUAUGUAUGUAGUGUGGGAGUUCGAUUGCAAGGCCUGACACCUUGUGUUAUUGGGCAAGGCAUGUUUAAAUAAUAUGUUACAUAAGAUUAUAUAAAUGAAUCCUGUACCAAUGUAAAAAGUGAAUGGUUUAAAACUCCCUGUUGCUCUACGAAAAAAAAAAUUCACAAUUCUUAUAAUACAUUCUGUAUUUAAUGAAAUAAUGUUAUCAAAAAUGUUAUUAAAGUUAAAAUAAAUGUAUAUAAAUUUUUAAGCAAAUAUUUAUCAUGAAACACAAAAUUUCAUAAAUUAUAUGAAUAUUUUAAAGCUAAAUUAUGUUUUGUGGGAAAAUAAAUAUUUACUUUCCAUGUUAUGGUUUUAACAUUAAUAGACUGGGGCUCAUUCAUUUCUUUACAUAAAUGUGAUUCAAAUUUUAUAUAUUGUGUUUUCUCACAUUUUUAAAAAUCUCCAGCUGAUUAAAACUAGGCCUAAACUGAUAUAAAUUAUAAAAUAGGUUUCAGGGGUUGGUUAUUGUUCAAUUUUUCAAUAUCUUAUUUAAAUGUACAUUUAAAAAAAUAAAGUUGUUGAUGCAUGCAAAUAA